AUGCGUUACACACCUCUUCUCGCCUUUGGCCUCGGCCAGGUCGCUCUGGCCCAGAACUCCACCUUCACCUGGAGCUCGACCACCUCGUCCGGUGCGAACCCGACCGAGACCGCUCUCGUCCCCGGCUUCCCCGAGCAGCUGGGUGACUUCCGCUUCUUCGGAUGCCUGGCCUCGUCCGAGAACUUCCCCACGUUCGAGCUCAUCGCCUCCAGCGACGAGAUGAGCCUUGAUGUCUGCGCCGCCAGCUGCCCCGGCCGCUUUAUGGGCGUCUACAAUACCGACUGCUACUGCGGUGACGAGGUCAACAGCGACGACACCCAGCGCGUCGCCAACUCGCAGUGCGACGUCGCCUGCCCCGGCAAUGAGCUCGAGGCCUGCGGUGGCCUUGCCGGCGCCGGCGCCGUCGCCCGUCGCCAGUCUGUGCCCCUGUCCGUCCUGCUCUCCGUCUACAUCCGCUUCCGCGACUCUGCCGUCACCAGCGGCGCUGUCCCCACCGGCACCAUGACCGCGGCCCCCACCGGUACCAGCACCAUCACCGAGACCAUCACCGACACGCUCACCAUCACCUCCUGCGCCCCCGAGGUGACCGACUGCCCCAUCGGCCAAGUCACCACGACAACAUACACCACCGAGUACUGCCCCGAGCCCACCUCCAAGGCCAAGGUCUGGCACGAGAAGGUCCUGAUCUGCUACGGUGACUACUGCGCUCCCCAGCUGGCCUGCACCGACUGCGCCAAGCACCGCGUCGUCUGCGAGGGUGACGUCUGCCACCCCGAGGUCUGCACCGACGACGAGUACUACAAGAAGGUCGUCUGCCACGGUGACGAUUGUGUCUACCCCACUUGCGAGGGCGAUGAUUGCCUCAAGAAGGUCGUCUGCUACGGCGACCACUGCAUCCCCGCCAAGUGCUACGGUGACGAGUGCGAGAAGAACCUGGUCUGCCACGGCGACGAGUGCCUCCACGAGACCUGCCAGGGCGAGCACUGCUACGAGAAGUACGAGUGCAAGGGUGACGACUGCAAGGUUGUGCCCGCCUGUGUCGGCGAGCACUGCCCUACCCCCGCGCCCCCUGCCCGCAAGCCCACCCACGCCGAUCCCGUGUGCUACGGUGCCCACUGCCCUGCUGUCGUCCCCACGGCCCCUCCCGCCAAGGGCGACAACGCCGGCCAGGUCAAGUGCGUUGGUGAGCACUGCGACAACUACGGCCAGGACAAGUGCGUCGGUGAGCACUGCGACAACUACGGCGAGAACAAGUGCGUUGGUGCGCACUGCGACAUCCCCGUCGCCGGCUCUGGCAAGGUCCUGCCCGCCCUGGGCAUGGGUGCCAUCGCUGGCAUGGCCUUCCUCCUGUAA